AUGAAGUCAGAAACAGCUUCCCCAAAGGGUGGCCCUAAGGACACCAAAAUAGAGCCGAGACGGGAGCGUAAGAGGAGGCAAGAUCGUGAAUCACAGCGAAUGAGUCGGAUAAGGACAAAGGAAUACAUCGAACAUCUCGAGACGCUAGUCCACAGUCUAAUUGCCGUCAACUUGGAUGAGAAGAUGGCCAAUAUGCGUAAACUGCUCGACGAAACAUUUGGCGAAAACCAACGGCUCAGGGCACGACUUGCCACAGUCCGUCGAAUCGCCGGCGAGGAUGAAGAACAGCUCACGAAGCCGGAGGACGCCUCAGACAGGUCAGCUUUGACUCCCGUCAGCAGAGUAGACAGCACCAGUGGUGAGCGUCACGAUGCGAGCUCGAGUCCCGAGACACCGGCGACCGUUGCGGGAGUUCCGCUCAGCUACAAGACGAGCCAAAAAGUUGACAUGAUAUCUCCUGACUAUACGAUCUUUAUGGAUCGUACGUCAAAUUACUGCUCGUGCGCAGCCAACAACAGCACAUUAGACACAACUUCGAAUAUGUACAGCCUUCCCGAAGUGGAUUUUUUGUCACAGGGAGAAAUCGACAACCUGUUCAAGGGCGCUCUAGACUUCGAAUGUCAUCAUGUGUGA